GGCCCCGGCUGGGACCAUGGUGUUUCUCUCGGGCAAUGCCUCAGACAGCUCCAACUGCACCCACCCGCCCGCACCGGUGAACAUUUCCAAGGCCAUUCUGCUCGGGGUGAUCUUGGGGGGCCUCAUCAUUUUUGGGGUGCUGGGGAACAUCCUCGUGAUCCUCUCUGUGGCCUGCCACCGGCACCUGCACUCCGUCACCCACUACUACAUUGUGAACCUGGCCGUGGCCGACCUCAUGCUCACCUCCACCGUGCUGCCCUUCUCGGCCAUCUUCGAGAUCCUGGGCUACUGGGCCUUCGGCAGGGUCUUCUGCAACAUCUGGGCGGCGGUGGACGUGCUGUGUUGCUCGGCGUCCAUCAUGGGGCUCUGCAUCAUCUCCAUUGACCGGUACAUCGGCGUGAGCUACCCACUGCGCUACCCCACCAUCGUCACCCAGCGGAGGGGACUCAUGGCGCUGCUGUGCGUCUGGGCGCUGUCCCUCGUCAUCUCCAUCGGGCCCCUGUUCGGCUGGAGGCAACCGGCCCCCGACGACGAGACCAUCUGCCAGAUCAACGAGGAGCCGGGUUACGUGCUCUUCUCGGCGCUGGGCUCCUUCUACCUGCCGCUGACCAUCAUCCUGGUGAUGUACUGCCGCGUCUACGUGGUGGCCAAGAGGGAGAGCCGAGGCCUCAAGUCCGGCCUCAAGACCGACAAGUCGGACUCAGAGCAGGUGACGCUCCGCAUCCACAAGAAAAGUGUCCCCGCGGUCGGAAGCGGGGGGUCCAGCUCCAAGAACAAGACGCACUUCUCCGUGAGGCUCCUCAAGUUUUCUCGAGAGAAGAAGGCAGCCAAGACCCUGGGCAUCGUGGUGGGCUGCUUCGUCCUUUGCUGGUUGCCUUUUUUCUUGGUGAUGCCCAUUGGGUCAUUCUUUCCUGAUUUCAAACCCUCAGAAACGGUUUUUAAAAUAGCAUUUUGGCUUGGAUACCUAAACAGCUGCAUCAACCCCAUUAUAUACCCAUGUUCCAGUCAAGAGUUUAAGAAGGCCUUUCAGAAUGUCCUGAAAUUCCAGUGUCUCCGUAGAAAGCAGUCUUCCAAAUACGCCCUGGGUUAUACCCUGCACCCCCCCAGCCACGUAAUAGAGGCACAGCAAAAGGACCUAGUGCGCAUCCCAGUGGGAUCAGGAGAAACUUUCUAUAAGAUCUCCAGGACGGAAGGAGUCUGUGAAUGGAAACUUUUCUCUUCUGUGUCCCGUGGAUCAGCCCGGAUUUCAGUGCCCAAAGACCAAUCAACCUGCACCACAGCCCGGGUGAGAAGUAAAAGCUUUUUGCAGGUCUGCUGCUGCAUGGGGCCCUCAAGCCCCAACCUUGGAGAGAACCAUCAAGUUCCAACCAUUAAGAUCCACACCAUCUCCCUCAGUGAAAAUGGGGAAGAAGUCUAGAGACCAGGGUCAGAAAAGAGGGGUUGAGGGUUAGUCUUAUGGACCCAUUCUGCUUCCUUCAUACAAGGCCAGUUUUUUCUUCCAGGAUGACAAGAUAGGAUGAACAAACAAAGGGACCAUCUGGAAAUGGGAGGGGGAGAGGAAGCCCAACUCUUAGCAGUGGGUAGGACACAGGGAGGAAAAAGGAUACACAACUGUCCAGUUAAAAAUGACUGUAAACAGCGUUCAUUUGAAGUCUAUGUACUCCUGGUCAUCCGCUGAGCCCACUUUCUAUGUCUGGCCUUUUCAACGAAAAACUCCAUGGGAAACAGAAUCUCAUACACAACCCAAAAGACUAUAAAUAUAAGGUUAUGAUUUCAUCAUGAAUAUUUUGAGCACACACUCUAAGUUUGGAGCUAUUUCUUGAUGGAGUAAGGGUAUUUUAUUUUCAGGCUAAACUUACUGACAGCCACAUCGGGUAUUAGCAGGGAGAGGGGCUGGAAAGAAAAGCUUUAACAUGGUGGCCUGUAUCCAGUCAUAUUAUUUUUAGAGCAAGUUUUAGAUUUCCACUUGCCAGAUGCAUCCCGUUUUUCGGCAUGGGUAAAACAAGAAAGAGAUUCACCUUCUGCUAUUUGUCCAUCCAGAUACUCUUUCCUUCUUAUUCCAUAAGGAUAAGGGUGAUGGACCCUCAUCUGUCUCUGAACGAGUGGAGACAAAUCCUCUAAGUGUGGGGUUAGAAAGUGUUGAAUGGGAAUGUAUGACUUUUCCCAGUGGAAGACAGUAGCGAUUAGGGUCACUGUUUCAGCUUAACUGCUAGGGACAAAAUUCCACUAAGCAGUUAUAAAUGUCAGGUGGAUAACUACUUCUUGUGUAAUUAAAUAUCAAGAAAUUGGUUUGGGGUUAGAUUCUAAGAGAGAGGCACCCAAAAAUAUCCCAAAGUCUUUUGGUCAUGGCUAAUCGUUUUCUUGGUAAAUCACUUACCUUUUCCAGAUCUCCAUUAUAAAAAUCCAGAGUUUAUGAUAUUUUGAAUGAUAUAUAUGGACUUCCAUUUUUCCUCAUCUGCUUCUUCAUUGCCUAAUGAAUGAGGCAGACGUUCCCCAGUGCAUGUGUAGCAUGUUGGAAUGAGCCUUAUGCACCAGGUAUAACCUUCAUGAAUUUUAAAAACACAUGCGUAGCUAAAGAGGAUAUUGACUAAUCACCAAAGAGCCAUUUAAAGCAAGAGUUUACAGUUUUCACAGAAACUCAGUUAUUCUGGGAAAAGAUCCUAUAACCCAUUUGACUUUUCUUCUCUUACACUCUGCAGAAAUUUGGGGAAAAUGCUGAUUUUUUUGCUUUAUGUAUAUUAAAUGUUGGUGAAUCUUGGUGACUCAGUAGGUUACUGAAAGUGUAGACUAUAACUAUAUGUAAAAAUUAAAAUAUUCACUUUCCACGAUUAGAUUUAAAAUAGCACUUAUGUUUUGGGAGAUAAUUCUUGAUUAGAAAUGUUGGUCUAAAAUUGCUAACCAUACACAUGGACUCAUCUCUGUAUUGGAGCCUUUUCCUCUAGGAAUUUCAAAGCAGAUGAUCAUUGAUAUGUAACUUUCAUGGCAAAGAGAGUAAGUGCAUAUCAUCUUUUCCUUCUCCCUUAGGGACAAAUAAUAAUUUCCCCAACGUCCUACUAAAAGAGUAAUAUCUUUUCAUUUUCCUAUGGAGAGUGUGUUUGUGUGUGGAUUUCAGUUCUGUUUUUGUUUGUGCUUGGAUCUAGAAACUUCCUGCAUGCUUAGUCCUUUCUGGACAGUGUCUUUUUUUAGUGAGCCAGACAGUCUGUGCUCAUUCUUGGAUUCUGGCACUUAGAUGUUAGCUGAAUUUUCAGAGUUUUCGAUUCUGUCUGCCUGUUCUACAGCUCUACUGAAUAUGGUAUCCGAUUAUUUCUGAAAGGACUGAAAUAUUCAGACCUCUUUUUUUGCUGCCCUAAUAGGAAAAAUCAGUUUCAUUAAUGAAAACUUUCACUCUUCCAGUUUCCCCCUUACAGAAAGAGCUCUCCAGUGGAGACCAAUGGUCAUUCUUCAGCAAAAUGUGGCUGCAUUCAAGGAUUGGCUUUAUGUAUCUUUAUAAAUGAAUUUAAAUCUUAGGGGCUGGAGCAACACUACAGUGGAUUUGGUGCUUGCCUUGCAUAUGACUAAGCUUUAGCAACACAUUUUUCCUCCCCACACUUUGUUCUUCUAGUGCAGAACUAGAAGUCUUGAACACUGCUGAGUGUGGCCCCCAAACCAAAAAUUCAUUCAUUCAUCCAUUCAUUUGUUCAUUAAAUUUGAAUAUUAGACUGCUUAGGGUUACCAAAAAGAUAGCAGUUCUGUUACUUUUAUUUAAAAUCAACAACUAGAAAAUUGGGAUUAUUAGAUAAAAGCUGUUACAACUAGGCUCAUGUAAAACUAUCAUCCACAAGUAACUAUGUAUUAUGUUCUUUUUUCAGUCUUACUCCCUUUGGGAAGGCAGAGUUUCAACAUGUUUAUCCUUUCCCAUAGCAUUAUUUUAAGUAUAAUAUGUUAAUUUUAUAAGAAAUCAAUAAUGUUGUUGAGAGUUGGUCAAGUAGAAUAAAUAUAUGAGUUAUAUUUUUACUCAUCUACUAAGAUUUUUAUAAUCUUGAGAAAUCCAAACCUAUCUAAAAUUGUCAGUUAAAACGUUGUCAUAUUUGUACUCACAUCAUUACUGCUUCUAUUUGAGGUUUUGAAGGAUUUAUUCAGAGUAAUCGUGGGUGGACAAAUGUCUUUUCUGAUGUCCUAUAAAAAGCAAUUGCUUUGGGAUUGUCUAACCAUCACCAAAAAAUCAACUUGACAUUAUGGGACAGGUAAAAUUUGGACCUUUUCUGCAGUUUAAGUUGCAUUUAUUAAGCUGAAAUAUCUUUAUUCAAAAAUUUCCUCAAACCACAGCAUUAUAGCACUGUAAUCCCAUUAUUCAUCAAUUUGCUCAGGCGGGCACCAGUAACAUCUCCAAUGUGAGACUUGUUGUUACUGUUUUUGGCAUAUCAAAUACGCCUUGGGUAACUUGCCUCAAACCGUGACAAGUAUUUCAUACUUCUUACAGUUUUCUUCCUUCUAUCUUUCUCAUAUGUGAUCUUAGAAUGGUUUUCCUGCCAUCAUUUAGUAUAUGCUAACCAAGCUCUAGAAUAUUAAGUCCUCUAACUCUCUCACCAUCUGCUUGGAUUGCUCUGUGAUUUACCGUGAUAUGUGAGGAAAUAGAUAUUCUCUUUGGGUUCUUUUCUACUUAGAUCUACUGUGUGUCUGGCAUCAGUACAUUGUUCUUAAAUGGCAUAGCAAUUGAACUAUUUCUAUUUUAGAAAUAAAAAUUUGAACUUGACUAAUUAAAGAUGCACCCAAAGUCAAGGUAGAACCACAGGUCAAAUCUUGGCUUCCUUAUAUCUAAAGUCAGCAUAUUUUUAAAAGUACCCCUGCUUCAUAAAUAGUGGAGUGAAAGUCCUCCAAUUGGAAUUGAGAAUACUAAGAAUAUUAAAUUAUACCCAAUUCCUUAGUGUUCUGUUUCCUGGGAUUUUUACCCUUCAAAUAACCUUAAUAAAUAUAAAAUAUGCUACUAAAUCUCAAUACCAGCAGAACAUCCCAUAAAAAGUCAUAAUUGAAGGGUUGGUGCUUUCAAUUCUAUCUGACUACACCAUUUUUAUUAAUAUCUUGAAGUUAUUUGAAAAGGGUGAAUUGGUUGGUGGCAGUGGCUAUUCAUUAUGUGGCAUUCAUUUGCUCCUGAAUUUCCUUUCAAGAAUAAAAGCUGAGCCUCUAAACUUCCUCCCCAUCCUCAUCCCUCUUCAAAUUAAGCAUCACCCAAACCUUCAGGUUCAGUGGGUUUCAUGGUUAUGGCCUGGGAGUAGAAAUAUUUUAUAAAGGAACUAUUUACUUGGCAGGUAAUUUUUUCCACUCUUUAAUCCAAGCAGGACAAAUAUUCUCACUUGUUUUUGUGUCAGUUCUACUUAGAUCUUUUGGGCAAAAGAGAAGCCACCUCUUCACAUGAAUAUCUAAUUAAAGGCUGAGUACUGGUCCUCAGCAAAAGAGGAUGCCCAAGAGCAUGGAAGGUAAACUCAGCAAAAUCAGCUAAAUCCAGGGGCACUAAACAGAAGGCAGCGGUGCAACUACGGAGGCCUCGGAGAUGUGCUCACUUGUUACUCUGAUUUCUUUCUACACUACUAGGACUUUUAACCAUGAAACCAGCUGCACACAGCUCCUGUCAAGUCCGAUUGGAACACAGUUGGCAGCUGCUCUUUGUCUACAAACUGCUGUUGGAGCAGGGCUGAGCCCAGCUGCUGUGGGGCUCCACCAUCUUCAUAAAGCAUGGCAGCAGUGGCCUUCUUCAAAAGCAGUGGCCACAAGAUGAGUGAGCGAGUGAGUGAAGAUGCCGUGGGCUGGGCUGGCAAAAGCAAGUUAGGAUAUCAGCAGAGGAUACCCUCCACACACAUGCGCGCGCACACACACACACACACACACACACACACACACACACACACACACACACACCAGCCCUUUGCCAAUAUUCUCAUCAGCAUUACCUCUUUCUUGCCACCCACCCCCGAGCCCAAAUGCCCUGGGGACUGAGGGUGAAUCUUACCUGCUUUGCGCAGGAAAAUAUGGCUUCUUUGCUACUGCAAUGCACAUUGCUAAGUCUCUCAUCUAAUUGGAAGGUUAGGGGCAAGGGGGUCGGGGAAGUGUUAGAAGGAAAUGGUAGAUUUACAAUGAAUAUUGUUCGAAAGAGGGUAGUAUUUCUUUUUUUUUUCCGGUUAACAGGGAACUUCCCUAAAUCCUACUUAUUCAUUUUCAAAGACAAAAUCACACACUUCUCAGGUGACUCAGGAGUUAUAUCAUGUUAUUUCCCUCUAUGGCAUAGGCACAUUAUCAGCUGGAAAUUGUCGUUGCUAAGUUCUGAGAAAUGCAGGCUCAAUUGGGUGAAAUGAAUCAAGAGCAAGUUGAUGCACUCUUGAAUUUAAUUUUUAAAGUAGCAAAGUUGCUGACCAAAAUUACAAAGCCUGAAUAGUGUUGAUACAUUCAGAACUUAUGGAUAAAACCCAACAUGAGUUUAAUAUUUCCUUCCAUUUUGUAAUACUCUGCUUACAGAGUAUCAACUUAAUUUUCUUAUUUUAAGUCACUCCCGUAAGGUAGAAAGAGAAGUCAGGGAUCAUUAUUAUACUUAGCAUGUGGAGACGUGAGAAGGGAUGAGACGUUUGAGGAUUUCUUUGAAUAUGCCCAAAGCCAGCCUUCAUUUACCUUGUCAGAUACCCUCUGGAUCUCCCAGGUCCACUUCUUUCCUUGAGACCACAGCUUUCAUAUUUCAACAUUUACCUCUGAUUUGUAUCCUCAGCUCUGUAGCACCUGUAUCUCUGCCAGCAGUCGAGCAGUGCCAGAUUGUUCUAGGGUCUGAGUGCAUAUUUGUCUAUGCUUCUUUCGUUGGCUAAAAGACAAGCAGAUGUAAAUCUGCUCUUUUUCCCUAGAUAGGCAAUAGCUACACUAAGGAAAUAAGCAGGGCAGAGGGCUCUUGGCUUGCUCAACGUGGGGACAUGUAAGGUCAAGCUAGUGGUGAUUGACACCUUAAAGACCUCAGGAGCACAAAGGUCCCAGAAAUAGUUUGGGAAACGCUCAUUUUCCAGUGAGCCUGAGGGUCCUUUUGAUACCCUGCCCUCACCACCAUAUUCACAUUUUCUCCUGUACCAGGCAUUGCACUUCACACACAUACACACACACACACACACACACACACACACACACACACACUGCAGAGAGGCAUGGAUGGCCCCAACUUUAUGUGCUGAGUAGAUUCAUCUGCUACAAGACAAAAUCAUAUGUUUCUAAGAAAUUAUAGAGAUCAGGAAGUAUGUUCCCAAGUGGCUUAAAAAAAUCUAACAGACAUCAAGGAUUUGCAAACUUUUCUGGUAAACUUUUGGGCCGUAAGUCUGUAGCAUAGUCUUUGCUGGAUUUUUUCUUUGAACAGCCCUUUAAGCAUGUAGGAAUCUAUUUCAGCUCACAGACUCUACCACAAAGAUAGGUUAUGGGUGAGUGUGCACCCAUGGCUAUAUUUGCUCUCCUUAGUCUAUGCCAUCAGUAGCUUAGAAUGUAACACAAAUAUAACUAAGCAGUGGAUUUUGUUGUUCAACAUGCAAACACUUUUCCUUAUGUCAUUGACAAAUCCUCACUUGACUAUAUUAUUGUUCUGCGGCAGCAUGAGCUAUCAGGUAAAGUGACAAGUAACUGUUCAGGGUUGAACAUGCUAAAUGAUGUUCAAUGAAUAGUAUCGGUGCCCUGGCUGCAGAUGGUACCAGUUCCCAUAGGAUCAGGUGCUUUGUGAACAGUCCAAACUGACAGACAAGAGAGAACUUCCUUCAGUUCCUCUGCAACACCCUCAACAAUCCUGAGUUCCUGAAAAUUUCCACCAAGCCCAGGACAGAAGUAGGGUAAGGGCACACUCAAGGCAUUGCCACCAAUCAGGACCUUUACCCUGUUUGUAUAGCUGUCUUCUGUUCUUAUACCAUUUUCUCCAAAUGAAGGCUGCAGGCACAAUCUACAACUGAGUGUGUAGUCAGAGGUGGUUUUCCAAGGUGCUUCUCUUCGUCCCUGAGAUGUGCGUCUCUUCUCUGACCAGAUUUCACCUCCCUUUUGAUUCUCACAGUGCCAAAUUAUUUACUGAGCCCUACAGAACCACCUUUUCUUUAUCAUCUUUUUCCUCUCUUACUUUAAUUCUCUCCCUCUGCCUCGGAGAUAGCCUUUGGGUAUGAAGACUUUAAUAAAUCCUGUAAAGGAAAUGUGGUUUUAAAUUUGAAUUAAGCAAUGACUAAUCCCUCAGAAGAAAUACCCUAAACAAAAUCCAACAAGAUAAAAGUUAUGCUUUCUUUUCUGGUAUCGCUGCAUACACUUCUCCUCACUACCCCAUUGGCUACUGCAACUUGGUCUGGGACUCCCUUUUUGCUUCACAGUAUUCUCGCACCGGGAAUGUUUCAACUUCCUGCAGAAGUUGCCCCCUACUCAAGAGCUCCUGCUUACACAGUUCCAUAUAUUUGGAAUUUUCUUGUACUUGUUUCCUUGGUCUAUCAUGCAAAGGACUUCAAAUCUUGACUCUAACCUUUUGAACAUAACCUUUUCUCUAUGUCUGUUCUCUUACGUUCCUCUUCCUAUGAAUCAUAAUGAGUCUAAGAAUUUAGCAACAUUUAUCACCUCUAUAAAGGUUCAGUCUCCAAAACAGUCAUAUUCUAACAUACUAGGAGGAUUUUAACCUAUGAAGUGUGGGACGGACAAAAUUCAAUCCGCUCUACCUUUUUUGCAUAUGUAGGCAAAUAUAUACACAUAUUUUCCCCUCCAUUCUUUUCCCAGAAUUUCAAAUUUUUGAUCACCUUAAUUCUCCAAGUUCUUACAGCAGCUGUUCUUUCUUGUACUUUCUCUGUUGCUUUGUGAAAGCUACUUUUUUUUUAACUUUAAAAUGUGCUUUAUCUAUAAAGGUCUCAUCUUCUCAUCUACACUGAAACUUCCGGAGGGUAGAGACUAUCUUAUUAUUUUAAAUGGCCAUACCAGUUCUCAGCCCUUGGGUAGUCAAUUUAAAAGACUGAUGUCCCUCCUGAGCAGGCAAGUGAGAGGGAACAAAGAGAGGAAAAGUACAAGGUCCAACCACUAGACAAGGACUUAUAGUUCACCAUAAAAAUCUCAGAAAAUGGUGGACAAUAUUGGGCUUCUAAACAACGCCAAUACAUUUCACUAGGGGUAUACAGCAUAGCAGUGGGAAUCCCAGACUAGCCGCCAUCUUGAGUGGUAAAGGGAGAGGAUCCCCCAGAGACAUCUCAGGAGGGAAAACAGAGCACCAGCUCCAUCACAAAUCAGGAUCAGACCUACACCCGCAGAGCUAGGUAAGAGAGAGCAAGAGGGGAUCAAGAACCAACUGCAGGACACGGUCCUGGAAGAUGAUCACUGAGAACCACAUGGGAAUUAACACUAAUCAUAGGGGCCCUAUAGGAUUAGUGGAAAAUGGGUACCUAAGAAACUUCUGAUAGAUUUUCCUACACUCUCUCCCACACUAUACAAAAUAUGAAAUAAAGGAGGCUGCCCUAACUUGGUUGAAUAUGUGCCUAGGUAAAGACCUGGUUAAAGGCACCCCAGUCCUAUUUCUGUAAACUACCUUCCACUCUUCCCUCACAGACUGAGUUACCAUAGUCUGAGCUGUAGCUUUACCUCAUGGGUGUUGCUGUCCCUUCUACAUGUCACAGGAGUGGAGAACUUUAGCUGUGUACCCUGGUACAUGACAGGACAGUCACAUAUGCUUCCUAUCAGCUCUGCACAGUCGCCUGCCUACGUUGCAUGACCCAUGAACUGCAUUAUAAGUACCCAAAUGGCCGUUGGCAGGAAAAAGAAAGGUCCCUGACCCCUGCUUCAAACCAUUCUGAUCUGGUCAUCUGAUCUUCUUCCCUAAAGAAACUGUCCCUCUUCUCUUUCAUCAAGCAACCCAAAUCCCUUUCUCUAGGCAAAGUUAUUAUCCACAUGGCAUUUUCCUGAUAGCCAUCGAGGGAAGCCUUUUCUUUUGUCUGCUUCCCGCAGUGAGGUGAAGAGCAUUUAUCCUCAUUUGGAAGAAGUAGGAGUGCAGAAUAUUUGUACAGCAGCUGCUGUUUUUCUUGCUUCCUGGAAGAGGGGUGCCGCUGCUUUGGUUUCCUAUUCUGUCCCUGAGGAUUAGACAUAUUUCUGAUUCCACACUAUCAAUCACAAUGAAAUGUCCUUGUUGUAGAGGAAUGUGGUUUGUCCAGCUUCAGUAAAAUCUAAAAAUUGGUGCUAGAGCAAUAGCACAGCAGGUAAGGUGCUUGUCUUGCAGGCAACUGACCCGGGUUCAAUCCCAGGCAUCCCAUAUGGUCUCCAGGAAUGGUUUCUGAGUGCAGAGCCUGGACAAAUUCCUGAGCACUGCCAGAUGUUGCCCCCAAAAUAAGUUAAUUAAAUUAAAUUCAAAUUAAUAAAUAAAAAUCUAGAAAUUGGUAGAGAAAAAAGAUCAGAAGACAAAUCUGGGACCACAAAAGUAGUAUAUGUUUAAGCCAUACAGUUGGAGUGAGUGUAAUAAUGGCUUACUGAUUUAUUUCCUAACAAACUUUUCUUCUCUACUUGGUUCCAUUUGUCUUGCCAAAACCCUUCUCAUAAUUAAAACUGGUUAGCCUUUCAAGAAACAGAGAAAGAGAGUACUAAUGAAGGAACGGGCCCAUGAGCAGCUUUAAUAAAGAUGAAGGAUUCCACAAUUCAAUCUGAUGAGAAGGAAGGCUAUUCAAAAGUUAGACCUAACUGGGAUAUUUUUAAGGCUUUGAAAAUAUUGCAGUGACAAGUUAGUGCUAGCUUUUUACAUUACUUCUUAAGAGAGUCAAACAUUUAGUAGGGAGAACUGGACUUUUUGAAUGGGUGCCCUGUUUGCUUCUUCUGCUCCUUUUCCAGUAUGGAGACCAUGUGCCUCUCCCAGGCAUCACACAUACGCAACCGUCUGCCUCCCUAUUCUGGACGUUGCACAUACGCAACUGUGUUACCUAAACUUCAGCACAUACACACUGACAUUCUGCCGUAGACUUGUGCAUCCCCUUUAAAGGUGAAUCACAGCAUGUUUUCUUCAUCAGAUAUGAAGCAUACGGAUGCAGCUACUUUUAUUUCUAGGUAUAACAAGUCACAAGCGAUCCACCUCCCAGAUCAUCACACAUACUUAACCCAAUAUUGCCAGCAAGGAAUACUUGCUCCGUGUAAUGCACAUGCACACAAAGAUAAAGUUUAAACAAUUAAUGUUGUAUAUGUGGAGCAUCUACAAUUUCCCUAUCUUUUGUCCAAUUUUAGGAUGGCAAAGAGCAUGAGUUUGUAGUCAUGGUAAAAAAAAAAAAGGAAAGGAAAUAGUUCCUACAGGAUCAGUACAGUGAUGUGGGUGUGAGAAGGAUAAGGACAGGAAAGGGGAGCUUGGAAGUGGGGUUGGGGAGAGCCUGGGACUCACACAGCUGUGUUUGCCAUCAUACCCAUCUCUGUUCCGAAAUGAUGCUGCACAAGUCUUUGACCUGUCUUAGCCUCAUUUUCCCUUGUCUGUAAAAUGGGGUAAACAAAUAAAAUGGUGUACGUGAAAAUGCCCCCACCAGAGUGGGUAAGAUGUAUGAAAUCAUAGUUUUCUCCUAAAAAUGCUACUGCUCUUUUCCCAUCUUCUCUUCCCCUUCCAAUUAGCAUACGGGUAAGACAUUGCUGUAAAUCUGAUCACUUUUAAAUCUGUCAAAGAAUUUCAAACUCCACAUCUAGGAAAGCAUGAGUCUCUAGCUUUCCUGGUUCAGGUUAAUAGUUUCCAGGAGUUGGUUAUCAUAUCACUCAAUUAUAAUGAGUUACUCAUUAGAUUCACAUGAUGGUUGCCACACCAUUGCUUCAGUGUGCGAUGAUUCCUAAAUUUAGAGUGCUAGGUAACAAAUUCUAAGCUGCAGCUCUUUGUUUCCUCCCCCCUGAAUCCACUACAAUCUUUUAUUGUGGUUGAAAAUAUCCCUGCCAGGAAAUUUUGUUCUAAUUCUGAAAAAUCACUCUCCCAGUACUGCUUUGAAGCUUUUCAGUUAGUUCUUGGAAAUAUAGACAGCCCACAACAGAGUGCCCAAGGCUGAUAUUCAAAAUAUAUCUCUCAUUGGCCACUUCCUUGACAAUAGGACGUGUAACUUCUCAGAAAUGUUUUAUAGAGGCAUUAUGUAGAAUAUAGUCAUUAUACUAAAGAUGUGUUUAUAUAAAAGUUGUUAUAAAAAUUUCAUGUAAGUAGUGAAAGACAGGAAAGCAUUUAGAGCUAAGCCUGGAUUUAAAAUCAUCUAAGGACUAGAGCGAUAGCACAGCAGGUAGGGUGUUUGCCUUGCACGCAACCGACCCAGGUUCAAUUCCUCCAUCCCUCACAUAGAGCCCGGCAAGCUACCAAGAAUAUCUUGCCCACAAGGCAGAGCCUGGCAAACUACCCGUGGCAUAUUCGAUAUGCCGACAACAGUAACAAGUCUCACAAUGGAGACGUUACUGGUGCCCACUCGAGCAAAUGGAUGAACAACGGACAGAACAGUGCUACAAUGCUAAGGUUACGGUGAAAUGGUUUGAAGGAGUAGAAAAAUGCCCUAUUGUAUGAGACCCUGAUAUACUGUAUGACACCCACCCCCACGUGCCACCAGAAAGUCGGGUGGCCUCCAACAGCACGAUACCAAACCACAUUCUGGGUCUUGAGUACUGAGCCAUGAGAUCUACCAUGGCCAAGCACCUUCUGGAGUGGUACCCAGUCCCUAGCACUAAUUAAUUUUUUUUAAUUAAUAAACUAAAAUAAUCAAAGGAAACAGUACUGGACAUUGGUUGGCCUGGAAACAGUCAGAAGUAACUAUUUACAAGACAAAACAGCAAAGUACAAUUUCUAAGCCCUGGGUAAUUUUUCUUUCCGCCAGAAUUGAGACACACAUCUGUGAGCACCAGUUCACAGUCUCAGCUCUAUUUUCUAGAUGUCACUGAGAGUCUUGUCAUUUCUGUGGCUCCCCUUCAAUGAUCUUCAAGGACCUUUCUGGGCAAGUGGCUUGACAGGCUGACCUACUCCAAGCUCAAGUCACCAUGACUGUCUGCUUAGGGCAGUCGGCCAUUCUCAAAAGCUAUGUGUCUUUGUUUGCCAGGGACCUGUCACCAUCUUUCUCCCAAAUGGUCUCUUAUGAUUUUGAAUCUCCAAACUUGUUUUAAGUAGAGGGGAAAAAUCAUUUUCGGGGAUGAGGUUCUUGGCCCAACUCUGUUUUGUGUAAACAUAGUCUCUGACUAUUUCAGUCCUCUGGGUUUUGAGAAGCAGCUGCUGAGUUGUGGUGAGAGUGAGCAAACUGGUGUUGGAGCAAAUUAAGAAGAGGUUUUUUUUUUUAUUCAAUGCCGAGAGAAAUAAAACUGAGAGCAUUACCUCAUGGGGAGGUGAGCAUGACUUGAGCAGGCUAGCAGGGAAAUGAGUGUGGACCUCAAUUUACAAAGAGCCAUCUCUACUGAUGUCUGAACAUAGGAAAAUGGGCACAUCUACAAAAAAAAUGUUUUGAUCAUGUUGACACAUGACUUCUAAUAUAUCGAAAAUAGAGUAAAGUUCGUUAAAGUUCAGUAUCCCUUGACUUGUGAGAGGACACAUACCUACUACAUAAAGCUAACUUUACAUGGAAGAAUCUGCCCACCCCUCCCAUCUGUCUACAGCUCAUUCUCCCUUCUUGCCACCCGCUGUCUUUUGAAUCCACUUCAGAAGUCUAUUAUUCUUACUUGCUGCAUGGAUUUUUCUUCUUUACUAAGCAUUUGUCUGACUUAAGCAUGUAUGUUCCAUAUUUCUACCAUAAACAUUGAGAUAACUGUGAUUUAAAGAGGGAUUGUGAGUAUAAAAAGAAAGAAAAAACAUUGGGGAGGACAAAUAUUUCAAUUUGAAUAUACACUCUCCUCUGUUGCAUUCUUCAAAGUUAAAAACUAAAAUUCCCUUCAUGUCUGUCAAAUUCUAACCAUCCAUAGAAAUAGAAAGAAACCACAAUUUAAGAAAACAAAGACUCACACAACACAACCUUUGGUUCCCAGAACACCACCAGGAGUGAACCCUGAACACACAGACAGGAGCACCACCUGACAUGGCCAAAAGCAAAAACCUAACAAACAACAACAACUAUAUAUAAUAUAUAUGUAUAUAUAUAUAUAUAUUUCCUUCUAGGGAAUCUGCCAUUGCACCUAGGGGUCUCUUGGAUCAUUUACCCAUUUUUUGGUCAUCCAUUCUCUUAGUGAGGACCUCCAGGCAUGGUCCAGAGUGCCAAGCAAUGGUUCUUGCCCUCCUAGUGGCUGUGGUCUCUGCAGAGUAGGACUAAUCAAUACUUGUACAAAUGGGCAUUUUGUGGAAGCACUCAGACCAGCUUCACCAUUAGACCUCUCAAACUAUUCCCCUCUAAAUUAUAUCCUGAAGAAUAAAAGGACUAGGGAAUGGAGUGCGUUGUUUCAAACAAGUAAGGAAUGAACCUGUGAACGGCCCAGGGACCUUGUGACUCAGCCUACGGAGGAACCCUUCUCUUCCACUCAGGGGGCAUGAAAGUCAGCCUUGUUUCUCUUGGUGACAUGUUGGUUUGUCACAUCCUCAUCCUCAAGUUUUCUACAGACAAAAACACUCACCCUUUUCUGAAAUCGAGCAAGAAUCAAGAAAGAGCUGACAUGUUGAGUUCAGGGAUUCAGGGACUUUACUGACAUAGUUCCUGUCUUGGGUUUGGUUUCUCAGUUAUGUGGUUCUCUGGGUUCUCAAGUAUUAUCGCAUUAAAGUGGAAUUUCCAAAGCAAAAUUGGGGGUCAGGGGAGGGUGACUCUCUCUUUCCUUUCUCAUUGCGCAAGGAAACAUUCAGUCAAAUAUAAAGCAGCUAAUUCUUAAGAAUCACCACAUGCUUUGGAAGUCUCAUCAAGAAAAUUUGACAUAUUGCAAUUCAGCAUGCUUUUUUAAAUCAAUAAAUUUAUUUAGGUCAAGAAUACUGUGCAAAAAAAAAGUUUUAAAAGAAUUUUUCAUAUAAAACUGCAGAAAAUAAUUGGAUCAGUACAGAGCCCCAGAGAAUGGCUUUCACCCAUCCAACAUUCAAGGGUCAGGAUCAGGGCACACAUUACAGGUUAGCAUAGGAGCUAGCAUGAGUAGGAGCCAGCAGAGUAGUUUCGUACAAAUCAAAUGCAGCAGAGGUGAAGUUCAGGGAGGGUGGGGAGGGAUGGAAAGGGGGGAAAUUGAAACAAAAGUGAAAUCCUCGGAGUGGCUAUUUUAUAAUCAAUAAGAAAGACUGGACUUCGUUUAGAAGUUCAUUUUUGUCUGUGAAAUUAUAACUGUAUUUUAGAAAAUAAAGCUGAUGCCAUUUAAACAUGAAUCCUGUGACAGUUUCAAGUUGUUGCAGCUUUUCUCUUGUCUCCUUGUUAAAACUGUUCAAAAUACAAACAAGGUAUUGCCACAUUGCCAGAGAACCUUAUGUUGGCUGAUCAACUGAUUUCAGCUGCUGUAGUUUUUCUAUAACCUUUUUGGUGUUGUUAUGGCAAGCAAGAUCCCUGCAUUUCUAUGUGGUGUUUGUGAAGGUUUUGAUAUUUGUUCAUUUGAAUUGCUCUUACCACCUUUCCUAUGUGUUGCAAGAAAUAAACAAAUAUGUAAAUGUAAUAUGAAUUGUGCUGAGAGUUUGGUGUAUACUCUAUGUGCUAAGAGAAUCUUCUCCUAAGCAAGAUAUAUAUGUUUAUGUGUGUGAAUUGUUAUACUUGAAUUUGCUACAGCAUUUUGUGUGAGUACACAUAUAUGUAUGUGUUUUAUAUAUAUAUAUAUAUAUAUACAUAUAUAUAUGGCACCCAAGCUAAUUGCAGUGGCUUCUAAAGUUUAAUUCCUUUUAAAUGGACUCAGUAUACUUGGAAUGUGCUGUGUAAGUGUUUCUGGAUUUCUAUAUAACAUUUUUACUGGUUUAUUUGUUUAUGAUGUGAUAUGGUGAAAACUUACAUUGAUGAUUUUUUGGAAGAAAAUAAAUGUACAUAUUACUAAACAGAUGAAUAAAUUAUUGAAAAUAUAUACUAUGGAUCAUGCAACCUACUGUAAAAAAUAAAACAGAAUUUGUUUUAUUUAAAGUGACUGUUCAAACUAUAAGAAUUUAUAUUAUUCCUCAAAAAAUGGAUGCCAUGAUAUUUAAGUGUUGUUCAAUAUUGACGUAUGUUCUCUAAUAAAAUAUUUUAAGCUUC